ACGCAAACACUGCUGGAGCUGACUGAAAUAUAUAUAAAUGAAAAUUACUUAAUUAUUCUCUGUUUAAUCUCUGCCGAUUAACUUCUUCUUCCAUAAGAAGAAUUUUGAAAAUUCUGGGAAUUCAAGCAAUCGAAUUCCCCGAAUUGGAAAGAAAGUCAGAAAGGAAAGAAAAAAAAAAAUCUGAAAAUGAAGCCCAUGGAGACGAUACAGGAUCUGAUCGACGAAGCCAAAGCACGGACUGUUUGGUGGUUCAUGGCUAUCUUUGCCGUCACUUACUUCAUGUCUCAUACAAGUACAUCAAUGUGGAUGAAUUUACCUAUAGGGAUUCUUAUCGUCUCCGCGUUGCGAAUUUUAACUAAUGAGGUUGAGUUCAAAUGGAAAAGUAAACCAGUUUGUCCGCAAACUUAUUUAUCUCAUUUGGAGAAGAAACAGUUGUCUGUGAAUGAUUCUCGUCUUUCUAGCACACCUCCUCGGACCAAGUGGAAGAAGAAAAUUGAUUCUCCUAUGGUGGAGGUGGCUAUAAAUGAGUUUAUUGAUAAAAUACUCAGGGACUUUGUUAUUGAUUUGUGGUAUUCGGAGAUUACUCCAGAUAGGGAGUUCCCCGAGUUGAUUCGCGAUGUGAUUUUUGAUGCUAUUGGUGAAAUAUCAGGAAGGGUGAAAGAGAUAAACCUUGUUGAUUUGCUAACAAGGGAUAUAGUUGAUUUGGUAGGGGAUCACUUGGAUCUGUUUAGAAGAAACCAAGCUGCAAUAGGUGUUGAUGUUAUGGUAACACUGUCAUCUGAGGAAAGGGAUGAGAGAUUGAAACACCAUAUUAUGGUUUCUGAAGAGCUUCAUCCUGCAUUGAUUUCACCAGAGAGUGAGUACAAGGUUAUUCAGUGGCUUAUUGGUGGAGUUUUAGCUGUAGUAUUGAGACCGCGAGAAGCUCAAUGCCCUCUAGUUCGAACUAUUGCUCGUGAGAUUGUAACUUGCUUGGUAGUGCAACCUCUUUUGAGAUUGGCAAGCCCUGGGUAUAUCAAUGAAGUGAUUGAAUGUGUCUUACUUGCCAUUAACAAUGAUACAAACAAGGCGGGGGUUGGUUUUGAUCAGUCUUCAGUGGGAGUACAUGGUGAUGAUUCUACCUUACAUAAAAAUGCAUCCUCAAACAGUCAAGGAACUGAUUUGACUUUGGCCAGAAUUGACAAUAGGAAAGAAACAUCUUCAGAUUGUAAUAGAUAUGAGGAAGAAUCAGCGCCGUCUCGACCAGCUGAUUGGGCUCGAAUAUUAGAGGCAGCAACCCAAAAAAGAACUGAAGUUCUUACCCCUGAAAAUCUUGAAAACAUGUGGACGAAAGGGAGGAACUACAAAAAGAAGAACAAUGAUUUAAAAGCAGGAUUUCAAGACUCUAUUCCAAAGGGUUCUGUAACAAAGAGUGCUUUAUUAACAGGGAAUUCAGGAAGUGAAGUCUCUAACAACAAAAUUGCAACUUCAACUGGAAGGGAAGAGAAAAAUGUGAUGCGACUUAUGCCUUGUUCAACUCUUUACACUCAGUUAUGUGAAUAUAACUCUACAGAUGCAAAGUUGGGUUCAGAGUUUAACAAGUCGUCAUUAUUUGAAGGAGAUCAGCUUGUCAAAAAGUGUGAUGAUACUAGCAAUCAAGCUGCUGAUGGAAAUAAGAAUAGACUUAAGAGAUCCAGUAGUACCUCCGACUUGAAAGUCAAACCUGAUAUAAAGAAGGCACUUACAGGAGAUAUUGGAGGUACUAUUAUUUCAGAGUUCUACAGCCCUGAUGCUGGUGAUCACAGCAAAGAAUAUAGUGGAAAGAUUGCCUCAAAUAUAGUGCUUCAAAAUGAGGGGCCACAUACUCCAAAGCUUAGAUGCCGGGUUAUUGGAGCAUACUUUGAAAAACUUGGAUCAAAACCAUUUGCAGUUUAUUCAAUUGCCGUGACAGAUGUGGAAAACAAAACUUGGUUUGUCAAGCGAAGAUACAGUAAUUUUGAACGGUUGCAUAGACAUCUUAAAGAAAUUCCUAAUUAUACAUUACAUUUGCCUCCAAAAACAAUAUUUUCAUCAAGCACUGAGGACGCUUUAGUUCACCAGCGUUGCAUUCAGCUACACAAAUAUCUGCAAGAUCUGUUGUCUAUAGCCAAUGUGGCUGAACAGCAUGAAGUGUGGGAUUUUUUAAGUGUUUCUUCAAAGAAUUAUGCUUUUGGAAAAUCUUCAUCAGUGAUGAGAUCCCUUGCAGUCAAUGCGGAUGAUGCCAUGGACGAUAUUGUACGCCAAUUUAGAGGAGUAUCAGAUGGCUUAAUGCGCAAAGUUGUUGGUUCAUCUUCUUUCCCUAGUGAAGCUUCUUCUUCAGUCGCUGACAGGACCUUGCCAUGGAGUUCAGAUGAGAUGGCUAAAGAAAUUUCUAGGCAAAAUAACUUAGAAACAAUGAAUAGCCUUUCUGAUAACGAAGUAGGUGAAAAGGAUGGUAGCCAUGUUCUGGAUGAUAGAUCUGGUUUACAAGGUCACGGCUGGCAUUCAGACGAUGGAUUGAACUCAAAGCGUUUGCAGCCACAGGUGAUAAAACAUGGAGAGCGUAGCAAUUCAGCUUCUGAGAAACAGGGUUUUGGUGUGAAACCUGAAUUGCUUGGCCAGGGUGGAUUUCCUGGAGUAAAAUUUUCGGCGAUCUCCAGCCAUUUGGAGGAUCCAGUUGGAAUGCCUCCUGAGUGGACACCACCUAAUGUGAGCGUACCUUUACUGAAUCUAGUUGAUAAGGUGUUUCAGCUUAAGAGAAGAGGCUGGCUACGGAGACAGGUCUUCUGGAUAUCUAAGCAAAUAUUACAGCUGGUGAUGGAGGAUGCCAUCGAUGACUGGCUUUUGAGGCAGAUCUAUUGGCUUCGGAGGGAGGACACUGUUGCGCAAGGCGUUCGAUGGAUUCAAGAUGUUCUGUGGCCAGGCGGUACGUUCUUUACAAGAUCGGAGAACAUUCAGAGCAACUUUGGUGAUACACCUCCGGACCAGACACCUGCAGAGACCAGCCAAUUUAGUGGGCGUGUUGCUCCUAAACCUGGGUCCUUUGAGCAACAACUUGAAGCUACCCGUAGGGCAAGCGACAUCAAAAAAAUGCUUUUCGAUGGAGCUCCAACAACCUUAGUUAGCUUGAUCGGGCAUAAACAAUAUCGACGGUGUGCCAGAGACAUCUAUUAUUUCACUCAGUCUACUAUAUGUGUGAAGCAACUUGCUUUUGCGGUAUUGGAACUUCUACUCGUAUCGAUUUUCCCCGAGCUGCAGGAUCUCAUGAAGGAACUUCACGGCAAGAAACAAACGAAAGUCCCGUAGGAAGUUCCGGUUUCGAGAUCUGCCAACGAAGCGGAUUUUUGUGUAUUUUUUUCGUGUUGUGUCUUAACUAACAUUGCCAUUGCCAGUGUGAUUUAGGGAAUAGGUUUUGUUUUCAUGUUGUAAAUGUAAAGGAAUGUGGAUAUGCUAUGUACACUGGGACUUUGGUGUAACACCCAUAACCCGUAUAAUUAUACCUAUACAGAUUAUAAAUGUCACCCGAAUUUCUAAAA